AUGUCGUUCUGUGAUGAAGCCAAAAACAUGGAUUCCCAUCGCAUCCGGCCCUCUCUGCACUUCACUGCAAACUGCUGGAUCAACGAUCCUUGUGCUCCUGGCUACGAUCCGGCGACAGGCUUAUAUCAUGUUUUCUAUCAGUGCAAUCCACAUGGUACUGAAUGGGGCUCGAUGUCUUGGGGUCAUCUCAUCAGCGAAGAUCUCAUACACUGGACAGCCUCUACCAAACCUGCUCUGACUCCCGAUCAAUCUUAUGAUCGUGAUGGAGUCUUUACAGGCUGCAUGGCACCACCCGAAAACUCCGAGCCAGGUUCUCUGAAGGUUGUCUACUCAUCAGUGCGCCAUCUACCAUUUCACUGGAGCACACCUCCGUAUCCCCGCGACGCUGCUGGCUUAGCAAUCGCCGAAUCCAGGGAUAAUGGGAAGACAUGGACAAAAUGCUCAGAAAAUCCCAUCUUAGCUGGCGAGCCCCAGGGGAUUCAGGUGACUGGGUUUCGGGACCCCUUCUUAGCAGAGUGGCAUGCUUUGAAUGAUUUCCUUGGGCUGAAUUCCAUGUACGGGCUUGUUUCAGGUGGAAUUGAAGGCCACGGACCGACAGCGUUUCUAUAUUCCGUGCCGCAUAGGAACGUAUCCGAAUGGCACUAUCUGUCUGCCUUGGUCAAUAUGCCUGCUCGGUUCCAGCCCUCGCAGAAAUGGUCUGGGAAUUUCGGCGUCAACUGGGAAUGCGUGAAUUUCCUGACCAUCGAAGCCGGCAGCAAAAGCCGCGUGUGUCUCAUCUUAGGGGCGGAGGGAGACAUAGAACGUGAACAUAUCCGAAAUUCUAAAUGUGGUGCGCAUAUUCCUCCAAGGACUGUCCGUUCUCUACUGUGGAUGUUUGGUGACUUGAGGGUUGAAAACAACGUGCCUCGUGUUGAGUACACCCAUGGCGGGUAUUUGGACUGCGGAUCAUUAUAUGCAGCCAAUUCAUUUCUCGAUCCGGUGUCUAAGAGACAUAUAAUGCACGCAUGGAUUCCCGAAGAGGACAUACCAGCGAGUUAUGCCAGAGACAAAGGAUGGAAUGGCGCAUUGGCUAUUCCGCGCGAGCUCUUUCUCCUUUCUAUCUCAAAUGUUACUCGAGCUCUUUACACUCCUCUGUCAGAGAUAUCGUCUGUUGAACAAGUUCCAAACCGAGAUGGUUCAGCCACUAUCUACACUCUCGGGAUACGACCUAUCGAAGAGAUAGUUCGACUCCGCAAACGCCAUCGCCAUUCUUGCCAACGAAAAUAUAUCUCACUCCCACCAACAGCGGGAGCAUCACACGCACUGUGCUCAACAUCCUCUACUACGUGGGAGCUCGAGGCAGAAAUCACUAUCAACCCGAGUUGCUGCUCUGAAGUCGGUUUCCAUAUCCGCCACAAUACCGAUAUGUCUAUAUGCACUACGAUCAAGUUCUCUCCUCAGGAAGAGACCAUCAGCGUCCACAAGGGAAGAUCGACGUCUGGUCCAAACAUACGCAAUUGCCCCGAACAAGGCCCGUUUACCCUCUUCUACAGGACCGAUUACCUGGGGGUCGAACCCAAGGACAAAUUGGAGAGCUUGCGGAUUCACAUAAUCUCCGACGCAGAUACCUUGGAGGUCUUUGCAAAUAAUUGGUUUGCCUUGGCUACGAUGGUCUACUCUCCGGAUAUUGGUGCUGCUGGCAUAUCAGCAUUUGCCAAGGGGGAACAGGGGAGUGCUGUUAUUGAGGAGGUAAAUAUUUGGGAGGGGUUGUCGUCUGCUCGGAGAUCAUGA